AUGUGUCCACAUAAUAAAAUUACCCAGUUAAGGUGUAUUAAUCAAAAUAACCAGAGAUCAUUAACAUGGAAUAUAUCGUUGACUGAUGAUCAAGAUGAAGUAUCUGAACACUUUUUAAGGAUGUUUAAUGAACCAACAACGGUUGCUGAAAAAUUUGGUUCAGCUAUUUUAACGGUUCCCGAGAACAUCAGAAAACAAGCUGAUGAAUUAUUCAAACCUUCAGAAAUCAAUCCAAACGAAAUAUUUGAUUGGGUUAAUACCAAAGUCUCGUGGAUUCUUCCAUCCAGCUAUCAACAAUACCUUAAGUCUAUUCCUCCAAACGUUCUGGAGAAGAGGGAAAGACACGUGUUGUACCCCUGGACGCAGUGGAACACGUCGACGGGCACCCAUCACCGACCGUCGCUCAACAAAGCCGUUACUUCACCAGUGGCGUCCGACCGGUCGAUGUCGUCGUCUUCGUUGUCUUCGCCGUCUGUCUACGCGCACACAGCAUACGGAAGAUCGCCCAACAACAACAACAACAACAACAACAACAACAACAACAGCAGUAGCAGCAGCAACAACAACAACAACAACUCGUUCGGUCACUGGGGCAACGGCAGUGGGGCGCCAGCGGCAUCGGCAUCGGCGGCGGCAGACUGCACGUUGUCGUCUUCGUCAGCCAGUGACCUGAGCUUUUCGUAUUGGGCGGGCAUAGAUGCUACGUCUUCGCCGCAACAGCACCAACAGCAACAGCAGCAACAGCAGCAGCACUACCACCACCACCAUCAUCAACAACAACAGCAACAACAACAACAACAACAAUCGGUCGGCUGGACACCAGUGACCGUCCGAUCGUCACCCUCCGACUGCGGCCGGUCAGUGUCGUCGGCCGAAUUCGUACAGUACAACACCACCGCUGACGGCCGCUCGCCAUCGCCGACGUCUGUCCGCUGGCCAUCUCGUCUUUUCUACUGCGUCAACGCCGACAGCAACACGAUAAACAAGCUGGUGGAACACUACUGCACUUUUUGUUACAAGAACCACGAACCGCCCGAGGUUUACGGUGGCCACCUGGUCCGGGACGACACGCGCACCACUUGUCCUAAGCUCAGAGCGCUCCGGUGCAAGCACUGCAGAGGCACCGGUGACAACGCGCACACCAUAAAGUACUGUCCGUUCUUAUACUCAAACUACAGUUGA